AUGGUCAUGGAUUAUGAAUAUUUUGGUGAUGUGGUUACUCUUGACACUACAUAUAGUACUAAUAAUGCUUGUAGGCCUUUGGCUGUAUUUGCAGGAUUUAAUCACUUUAGAGGGGUAGUGAUAUUUGGAGCUGCACUUCUUUAUGACGAGAGUUCAGAUUCAUUUGAAUGGCUGUUUAGAGAGUUUUUGAAGACACACAAAAACAAGAAGCCUCGAACUAUUUUCACAAAUCAAGCUGCUGCAAUGGCUAAUGGUUUGGCUAAGGUAAUGCCUGAAACAUAUCAUGCUUUAUGUUCUUGGCAUUUGAUGCAAAAUGGCAUAAAACAUCUUGGUAAUUUGAUGAAGAAUGGUUCUUAUUUUCUGCGAGACUUUAAAGCAUGUAUGUAUGAAUAUGUAGAUGAAACUAAUUUCAAAGAAGCAUGGGAUAAAUUAUUAGAUGACUAUGAUCUUAAGGAAAAUAAGUGGUUGAUGAACUUGUAUAAAUUAAAGGAGAAGUGGGCAAGAUGCUAUAUGAACAAUGCAUUUACUAUUGGCAUGCGGAGUACACAGCUUAGUGAAAGUUUGAAUGCAGAUCUCAAAAAUUGUAUGAAACCAAACCUAAACAUCAUUCAAUUUUUCAAUCACUUUGAAAGAGUUGUCAAUGAUAAGAGAUACAAUGAGCUACAAGGAGAAUUUCAAUCCAGACAGAAGUUACCCAGGUUGAAGAUGGUAAGUUCACCACUAUUGCAACAAGUUUCUGAAGUAUAUACCUUGCCAUUGUUUGAUCUUUUUCAAGAGGAGUAUGACAAAUAUUCUGCAGCUUGCAUAAGAGAAGUAAAUGAUAGAGGUUUUGUUUAUGAAUAUGUGGUUGCAUUGUGCAAUGAGAAUAAAGAGUUUAAAGUAACAUUUGAUCCUUUCUUGAGCUCAAUUUCAUGUAAUUGUAGAAAGUUUGAGACUUUUGGCAUUUUGUGUUGUCAUGCAAUCAAAGUUUUAGAUGUUAAAGAUAUUAAAUUACUGCCUGACCAGUAUAUUUUGAAGAGGUGGACAAGAGGAGCAAUGAGGGGAUUAGUAAAAGAUAUGCAUGGAAGAAUAGUUGAAGAAGAUACUUGUCUUACUAGCACACAAUGGUUUAAGCAAACCUGUCCUAAGUUAGUAAGAACAGUCACACAAGCCUCUGAUUGUAAAGAAGCACGUGUCUUUGUGGAAAAAGCUGUGGAGGAGUUAAGUAAAAAGGUUGAUGAUAUCUGCAAACUAAAUUUGGGAUUAGAAAUCAACGAUACUGAUUCUUCCCUCCCAAUUCAAUGUACAAACCUUCAACCCUUAGAAGUCAGAGGUUUGAAAAGAAGAAAUGGCGUGAGAAAUUUUAGAAGGCGUCCAAAAAGUUGGAUUGAAAAACAACCCAAAAAUAAGAAGAGUCAAAUUAGCAACACUUCACAACAACAAAAACAAGACAAGGUCAUUAAGCAUAAUGGUUCAAUAUCUCAAUUAGAUGAGCAUGGUUUUAAUAGGCUAUUAAUGAAUCUUGGAUGCAUACUAACAGAGCUUUUUGAUGCCAAAUAUGCCAAAUAUGCUUGGAUUACUAUUGAUUUUGGAAGAUAUUUGACUGAAUUAUUGAAAUAG